AUGGCCCAGCCGAAUACUCUAACGCACGCUAAAGUCGAACUCGAAGAUGAUCCCCAUCGUGCUGCGCUGGAGGACAAUCCCACUACGCAGCCGAAGACGGGAGCCCGAGUCUGGAUUGCCAUCUUUUCGAUGGCAUUGUCCUUCGGACCAGCUGUUGGCCUUCCAUUCGUCUGCGUUGCGAGUAUUGUUGUGCAGAUCACGAAUGAACUUGGCGAUGCGAGUCAACUGCCGUGGGUUGUGGGAGCAUGGUCUCUCGCAACAGCCUGCUCUUUCUCCCUCGGUGGUCCCUUUAGCGACAUCUUUGGGCGUCGAAGCAUCAUCCUUGCAGGCCAAGUUGUCGUUCUGAUUGGUAACAUCGUGGGAGGAACCGCUCAGAACACCCAAAGCAUCAUUGCAGCUGAGACUUUGGUCGGCCUUGGAACUGGCUUUGUGUUUGUGGCGUAUGCAGGUGUACCCGAGAUGCUUCCCAACAAAUGGCGGUCUCUCGGCCUGGGCAUUCUCGAGGGAGGAAUUGCUAUCCCUUGGGCUGUGGUGAGCGUUCUCCUUGCAAAUGCGAUGUACAAGUACGCGACCUGGCGAUGGCUCUUCUACAUCGCCAUCAUCGUCCAGGCCAUCUCCUUGGCUGGUACAGCCUUGUUCUACUGGCCCACGUCUCAUCCUCAAGGAGAUUUCGAGAAGUCACGAUGGACUCAGUUCCGAGAGAUCGACUGGAUCGGCCUUGGUCUGUUCACGGCCGGACUCGCUGUGUUCUUGAUCGGCUUGACUUGGGGCGGCACCACUUCCCAUCCGUGGAAGAGUGCCAGUACCAUCGUUCCAAUCGUUCUCGGACUAUUCACCAUUGUCGCUGCUUUCAUCUACGACUUCUUUUUCGCAAAAGCUCCCAUGUUUCCUCUCAGUCUCUUUUCUACUAUCCGUGGCUUUCUUCUUGUUAUCGUUGUCUUGUUCAUUUCGGGAAUGAACUAUAAUUCUCUUUCUGCUCUGCUGCCCCAAGGCUCCCUCUACAUGUUCACUACUGACGGCAUUGAGAUUGGUGUUCUGGCGUUACCCAACACCCUAAUGCAGGGUGUCUGUGGUUUCCUGGUUCCUCUUUUCUCUCACAAGAUCGGUCACAUCAAAUGGCAGUUUGUCGCCGGCACGGCAUUCCAGGCUAUCUUCAUUGGAGCCAGCGCCGCAACCGUCAAUCCUAACCACAAGCUCGCCUGGGCAUUCGUACCGGCAUUUGGUGUUCCAAUGUUCGUCCUUUGCACCAUCCUGGGAUACUCCAUCGCUAGUCUGCAUGUACCUCAUUCUCACCUAGGUCUCGCCAUGGGUCUUCUGGGUACCUUCCGAUCAGCCGGUGGUGCGGUCGGAAAUGCCAUCUUCAACACCAUCUUCCAGGAUAAGUUCAAGACUUAUUCUGGCGAGGAGAUCGCUCGUGCUGCACUACAGAGCGGUCUCAACGCGACUGAUCUGGGACUCAUCAUCCCGGGUACCAUUCAGCAUAAUCUCGGUGUCCCUGGUGCCCUCGACGCCGUCCCUGGCAUGACACCAGAGAUCCAGGAAGUCCUUCAACAUGCGGUCAGACUAGCCUACGGUCGCGCAUUCCAGUUCGUCUUUUAUAUCACAAUCGCAUUCUCGACUGUUGCUGUUAUUUGUGCCUUGUUCGUGGAGGAUCCAACUGCUUUCAUGACGAAUCAUGUUCAAUCUGCCAUGGUUGGUCGAGGUCAUACCGGGGUUGUUGAUGGGGCUGCCCCAGUCACAGGUACAGAUGAUAAGCCUACUGAGAGCCAUGAUGAGAAGAGCGAUGGCAAUACUGCAGGUGGAGUCAAGAUGGCCUGA